CAUCCGACCCUGCAGAUUAUUAGCUAAACUAAUAAACCUUUUGUAGUAUAGCUGAACUACUAAUGAUUGACAAGACUAAGGGACAAAGAAUGCAAUGAGACAGGUCUUAUGAUUGCCAACACCAAGUUUGAUACUUUAUCUUGUUUGCUGUGCCAUUCUGGUCACUUACUGACAGGAAUCUAUGGUUACACUAUGUGAAUUUAUAGGACACAGCUAAUCAUUAACUGUGAGGCUUUGGUGCUGGCUGAGACGAGUUAGAUCAGAGUUCUCAGCAUGGAAAAACAAAAGCAGGGAUGCAAAGAUGGAGUCACUUUUGUUCACAUCGACAUCUGUACACUCCUCCAAAAGGACGUCUCUAAAACGGAGCUCUCCACCUCCUCUCCAAGAACAGCAAGGACUGGUGAACCACACUCAGAGGAACACUGAGCUGAACACCCAGGAGCCCUCAGUUCCAACCAGCUGGCUACCCUGUACCCUGACUGCUCACCAUGCAGCCUCAGUCUGUUCUCCACAGCGGCUACUUCCACCCACUGCUUCGGACCUGGCAGGCAGCCGCCACUACAUUCAGUGCCUCCAACCUCAUCUACCCCAUCUUUGUCACGGAUGUUCCUGAUGAUGUACAGCCUAUUGCCAGCCUUCCAGGAGUGGCCAGGUAUGGUGUGAACCGGCUAGAAGAGAUGCUGAGGCCCCUGGUGGAAGAGGGCCUGCGCUGCGUCCUGGUCUUUGGUGUCCCCAGUAGAGUUCCCAAGGAUGAGCGGGGCUCUGCAGCGGACGCUGAGGACUCCCCGACUGUCGAAGCAGUUCGUCUGUUGCGCAAGACCUUCCCCAGCCUGCUGGUGGCCUGCGACGUCUGCCUGUGCCCCUACACCUCCCAUGGUCACUGUGGGCUUCUGAGCGAGAAUGGGGCUUUCCAGGCCAAGGAGAGCCGCCAGCGGCUGGCAGAGGUGGCUCUGGCCUAUGCCAAGGCAGGAUGUCAGGUGGUAGCCCCGUCAGACAUGAUGGAUGGACGCGUGGAAGCCAUCAAGGAGGCUCUGAUGGCACAUGGAUUUGGCAACAGGGUAUCGGUGAUGAGCUAUAGUGCCAAAUUUGCUUCCUGUUUCUAUGGACCUUUCCGGGACGCGGCUCAGUCAAGCCCAGCUUUUGGAGACCGCCGCUGCUACCAGCUGCCACCGGGAGCACGAGGCCUGGCGCUCCGAGCAGUGGACCGGGAUGUCCGGGAAGGAGCCGACAUGGUCAUGGUGAAGCCGGGAUUGCCCUACCUGGAUAUUGUGCGGGAGGUGAAGAACAAGCACCCAGAGCUCCCUCUGGCCGUGUACCACGUUUCUGGAGAGUUUGCUAUGCUGUGGCACGGAGCCCAGGCUGGAGCGUUUGAUCUCAAGGCCGCUGUACUGGAGGUCAUGACUGCCUUCCGCAGAGCUGGUGCCGACAUCAUCAUCACCUACUACACACCUCAGCUUUUGCAGUGGCUGAAGGCAUGAUGGAGAGAGUGUGCACGACCCAAGAACUAGAACUUUACUGAGGCCCCGGGGCCUUGGAGAAGUGAAAACCAAAGUGAAUGCUGCUUUUAGAACUGUGCCCUUGUGCCCUUUUCCUGCCAAAUCUUACCACUGUCAGCCACAUCUUCCUGGGCCCCGCCAAGCUUCUCCACCCUCCCCUGUGUCAGCCCUGAGGCCACCUCUGCCCCUCUAGCUCCUUCCUCUGGUGUUGCUUCCGUUUGAAAGCUCUCACGAGCACAGGUUUGUGGGGCCUGGGCAAGGAGUUUGGAGCAUUAGGCGAAGAGGAAGACAGUUGGAUCGUGGCUCCUCAGAAGCUGUGGAAAGCCCAAGGCCUCUGGCAGCAUGCCAGAUCUGCUGGACAUUGGGCCUGGGGCCUAGAUUGACAUUCCUGAGUUGAAAGUUGAGACUUGCUGCGAUUCCACAGGAAGGCGAUUCCCACACCGGCCAGCAGUUGCCAGGCUGCCUGCGAUCUGCUCUACUCUGAGCCAUAAACCCCAGACAAGAAUUACUCAUUAACGAGCAGAAACAUUGCCAGGGGAUCAAAAUUCAGAAGCAAAGAGAAAGUUCUUGAUUGUUGGAGAUGCCACCCUUCGAAAAGGCUUUUUAUUAAAGAGAUAUUUUUUGAGAGCGUGUUUUCUGUGCCCAGGCACCGUGCUGGGUACUGAGGAUCUAGCCGGACAGCCCUCAGCUUGUCUCUCUGCAUGGAAACUAUACCAAGAGAAUGGGAGAGACAGGCCACAAGAAAACAGACAAAUAAAGCAGUUACAAAUUCUAA